AUGAAGAUUUACCCAUUUGCCCUGGCCUUUGCCGUGGCCUCCAUUGCCCGGAACCCGACGGCCACCACCGAAGUAGCGGAAAGUGUACAGCUCACUACUAUCGAGCCCUCUGCUACCCUUGCAAUCUCCAAUAUUCCCGAGGAUGUGUUUCCCAUCCCUGGCCCUGGUCCAGUGAUGGCUACCGAUGUUUUCUCGACAGAAUCGACAACGCCUGCUACGGAGUCGGCAGCUUCAGUUACCAUUGAGCCUGAAGUAUCAGCAGCGUCAGCCAAGCCACAGUUUGAAGAGCUUUUCACCAUCAGAAUCGACCCUGAUCACAAGUGGCUUGUGACGGAGGAUGAGAUGUGGCAUUACAAAAAGACCGGAAAAUCUUACAUGGAUGUCACCAAUGCCCAAGAGCUUGAUAGCAGGCCGGCACCAGCGCAAGAAGAACGCAGACUCACGCCGUUUGCUACAAAGGUCUCGCAUAUUCGGAUUGUCGAGAAGAUGGCUCGUUAUCUCAGCAAGGGUGUCAUGCAGACCAACAUUGAUGUUCUGUCUUCAUUCUACAACCGAUACUACAACUCUGAGCAUGGCCAGAGGUCCUCAGAGUGGCUACUUACUCAGGUUGACCGCAUUGUUCAGGCAAGCGGUGCUGACAACAUCACAGUAAAGCCAGUUCCCCACAAGUUUCUUCAGAAGAGCGUUAUUGUCAUCAUCCCAGGCAUGACGGACCGGAAAAUCAUACUGGGUGCUCACCAGGACUCGCUCAACAUGACUGACAGGAGGGGCGGCAGAGCCCCUGGAGCCGGUUGUGGAAAUGCCUUUGGGAACUUUCCCAGACCAGUUGCUGACCAGGCCUUUCUUAAUCAAGAUGACAACGCUUCGGGAACUGCCGUCCUUCUCGAGGCUCUUCGUGCCCUGCUCACCAACGACGUCAUCACAACUGGAGAUGCACCCAACACUAUCGAGUUUCAUUGGUACGCCGGAGAGGAGGCUGGAUUGCUCGGAAGUCUUGAGAUUUUCAUGGAUUAUCUUGUAGCCCGUGAGGACGUCAAGGCAAUGCUCAACUUUGACAUGAUUGGGUUCAACAAAAGGACGACGGACCAAAACAAGUCUGCUAUCAUUGGUGUCGGCGCAGAUCACCUCGUCACCGAUCCUUUCCUGUCUGACUACGUCAAGAUGCUGAUCUCCAAUUACACCACUGCAACCGCGUCAUCAGUCAGUUGUGGAUUCGCAUGCUCAGAUCAUGCUUCAGCUGCAUGGGCUGGCUACCCUGCCGCCUUCGUUUCCAAGAGCUCACUUGACGGCGCCAACCCGUCCAUCCAUACGGCGCUUGACAACAUGACUACGGUGGACAUGGACAGCGUUCUUGAGCAUGCUCGGCUUGCCUUGGCAUUUGCCUACGAGAUGGGAAUGCACGACUUCGACAUGGACGAAGUUAGCCAGGCCGCUGGUGAACAGGAGUCAAAUCUUGCACAUGAGAAACAAAUGAAUCCUGAGCCAUCGACAGAAGCCGAACCUGAGCCUGUGUCAGACUCUGAACCAAACUCAACACUAGAGGAAGAGUCUGACCCUUCUUUGACGACGGAUUCUAGCCUUUGA